AUAAAUCAAAUGAUUGGUAAAAUAUGUCCAUACUAUACUUCAGAAAGAUUAAUAGAAAACAUAAAAAAAAUUUGCAAGGCAUGUGAUAUUUGUAAAAGAAAUAAAUCUAGAGGACAAGCAAAGUAUGGAUUAAUGUCUCAAUUAGGACCAGCAUCGAGGCCAUUCGAGAUAGUGUCGAUUGAUACCAUAGGUGGAUUUGGUGGUCAAAGAUCAACAAAAAGAUAUCUCCACCUUUUGGUGGAUCACUAUACAAGAUACGCAUUCAUAGUAACAUCAAAAACACAAACUGCAAAUGAUUUCAUAAAAAUAGUCCGAAAUACAUUAGAAAUUGGCAAGAUAGAUACAAUAUUAACUGAUCAAUAUCCAGGAAUAAAUUCCAAAGAAUUCAAAAAUUAUUUAAAAGAACAAAACAUCAGACUUAUUUAUACAGCCUUAAAUGCACCAUUUUCAAACGGUCUGAAUGGAAGACUAAAUCAGACAAUAGUUAAUAAAAUAAGAUGUAAAAUUAAUGAAUCUGGAGAAAAGAAAGCUUGGACAACAAUAGCAAGAGAAUGUGUUGAUAAAUAUAAAAUAACAGAACAUUCGGUAACAGGUUUUACACCUCAAUAUUUACUAAAUGGGACUAUCACAAGUUUGCUACCUGAAGAAUUGAAGGAAUCUAUUAGUGCAGAAGACUGGAAAAAGGAUAGAAAACUAGCCUUACAAAACACCAUAAAAUCACAUGAAUAUAACAAGAAAUUGUUUGACAAAAACAGAAAAGAUAACGAAUUCAACACAGGUGAUUUAGUAUACAUAGAAAACGGCAACAGGUUAAAUAGAAAAAAACUGGAUGCACUUAGGAUUGGACCAUUUGAAAUAACAGAGAAGAUAUCAAAUACAAUAUUUAAAAUCAAAACUGGAAAAAGAAAUGAAAAAACUGGAUUAUUCCAUAUAACGAAAUUACUUCCAAAAUAAACAACACCUUCAGGAGGGGAGAUGUAAAGAAUUCUUCAUUCAAAUUCUUUCAAUAAACUUUCCUAGAUCGAGCAUGGCGUGUGACUUGGAGAUUCUGUGACAACGUCACGAGAAUGUCAGUCGAGAGAGAAAUAGACGAGUGAACGGAUAAUAAUAAACUGUAAUUGUUGUUUCUUUUGUAUUACAGAGAAACCAAACUUCCCAGGUAGAAAUUUUAGUCUUCAAGACGUCUUUGGUUGGUCAUGUUCGG